CCUUGGGAGGCACAGCAGCGCCUGGGAGCGCAGGCAGGGCCAUCCUGGCCUUCUUCUGCAGCCUCCCUCCGGGAGGGAUGGGGCAGCCGAGCCAUGUGCACCACCCUCUUCCUGCUCAGCACCUUGGCUGUGCUCUGGCGCCGACGAUUCGCCAACCGGGUCCAACCGGAGCCCACUGACAUCGAUGGGGCAGCUGUGGGCAGCAGCUUGGAAACAGACUCCCAGUCCUCUGGCAGGAAGAAAGAGCCUGUGACGUGAGCCCUUCCCUCUUCAGGUGGAGCUCAGCCCGGCACUGGGGGCACUGGCCAAGGCAGGUGGGCUCGUGCUGAGGACAUAAAGGACUAAUGACCAUCUUCAGGACAAGU